GAAGGGGGUUAUAUUUGAAAGAAAGAAGAAGAGGAACUAAGUUUUUAAAAGAUUUAUUCAGUAAUACAGAGAAAUUCAGAAAUAAUUAGGCUACCUGCUCAGUGAGUAUCAGUGGAAGGCAAAAGACCAGGGACCAUUGUCCGGCCAGAAUUCCUGGUGAGAGAAAGUCCCCAGAUAAUGACACUUAACGGUCUCCAAGUGGGGGGAGCGGUUCUGAAUUAACUCCUGAAAGUCCCGUCAUCACUUGCCUUUACACAUUUUUAUUUCUACGUUUGAAAUGCUGGCUUGAUUGUUUGAAGUCUUUGUGAUAAAGCCCUGGCCUCACAUUAGAAACACCCCUGUCCUUCUCUGCAGGCGUGACCACACUUGCUGUUCUUGUAGGCCACACACAAACUCUGCGGGGCUCCCCUUGAUGGUACUUGUCAUUGAGGAGUGGAUGUCACAGAGGGGCUCAGGAAAGCGGGGACCUCCUUGUGAUUGGAAGUCUGGUGUUCUCUGAGUUCUAGAACAGACUGCAGCAGUCUUCUGGGAACGUGUCUGAAAGGGGUUUUUAAGCCUGAGCAGUUGGGUGAGGACCUAACUUUCCAGGAUCCCGGUGGAGAGGAGAGCAGUUGCCUUCAUGGGAAACCCUCUGAAUUCCAGUUCAGACAGUCACUUUAAUUCCAGGAGAUGGUAUUGGCCCUGAGAUCUCAGCUGCGGUUAUGAAGAUUUUUGAUGCUGCCAAAGCGCCCAUUCAGUGGGAGGAGCGGAAUGUUACCGCCGUUCAAGGGCCCGGAGGAAAGUGGAUGAUCCCUCCCGAAGCCAAAGAGUCCAUGGAUAAGAACAAGAUGGGCUUGAAAGGCCCUUUAAAGACCCCAAUAGCGGCUGGUCACCCAUCUAUGAAUUUAUUGCUCCGGAAAACAUUUGACCUUUAUGCAAAUGUCCGGCCGUGCGUCUCGAUCGAGGGCUAUAAAACCCCUUACACUGACGUAAACAUCGUCACCAUUCGGGAGAACACAGAAGGAGAAUACAGCGGCAUCGAGCACGUGAUCGUGGACGGGGUCGUGCAGAGCAUCAAGCUCAUCACCGAGGAGGCGAGCAGGCGCAUCGCGGAGUUUGCCUUCGAGUACGCCCGUAACAACCACCGGAGCAACGUGACGGCCGUGCACAAAGCCAACAUCAUGCGAAUGUCAGAUGGGCUUUUUCUGCAAAAAUGCAGGGAAGUUGCUGAAAACUGUAAAGAUAUUAAAUUUAAUGAGAUGUACCUUGAUACAGUGUGUCUGAAUAUGGUCCAGGAUCCGUCCCAGUUUGAUGUUCUUGUUAUGCCAAAUUUGUAUGGAGACAUCCUUAGUGACCUGUGUGCGGGAUUGAUUGGAGGUCUUGGUGUGACACCAAGUGGCAACAUUGGAGCCAAUGGGGUUGCGAUCUUCGAGUCGGUUCACGGCACCGCCCCGGACAUCGCGGGCAAGGACAUGGCCAACCCCACGGCCCUCCUGCUCAGCGCUGUGAUGAUGUUGCGCCACAUGGGGCUUUUUGACCACGCUGCGAGGGUUGAGGCUGCGUGCUUUGCCACAAUUAAGGAUGGAAAGAGCUUAACGAAAGAUCUCGGAGGCAACGCAAAAUGCUCCGACUUCACGGAGGAGAUCUGUCGUCGAGUACGAGAUUUAGAUUGAGGCUCCUGUGAGUGGUGCCUGUGGGCGUCACUCCCACCGGCCGCCACGGGCACCUCCCAUCGCGCACACGUUUGGUUCGCUUCUUUCCCGACAGUACACUUUUAGACGUGGCCUUUUCUGAACAAAAUCUGUGCAGAGGCUGCGGGGGACGUCCCUAGGCCUGCUUUCAGAGGACUUUCCCCAAGUGCUUGUUUUAUUUAUUCUGUGUCUAUCCCGUAUAUGUUUUUUGUAAAUUCUAAGUGGACUGUAUCGUUUGCCAUGUUAAUCAUUUUACACUUUGGUUAAAACGGUUUUUUCCUCAGCUGUAAAUACGAUACAGAAUUAAUAAGAGAAAACAUAACUUUUUAAAGAAAACCGUUUUCCUUGGUUUAUGAAAAAUGUAAUAGAAACAAAAUAGAUUAUUGACAUGAUAGUAAAGAUGAUAUUCUUAAAAAACUAAUGGGCACAGGAGAGGUUUCCUGGAAAGUUCAGAUCAAAACCAGUGAAUAGGGCAUACUUAGCAAUGUGGGAAGUAGGCAGGUGAGUCCUUCGACGUGAAUUACUGAGUAUGAAUAAAGACUUCAAGAACUA